AUAAUUCGGGGUUUCCCUACGGAGACCAGUGGAAGAACUUUGUUGUUUAUUAUUUUCCCAUCUUCGGAAUUGUCUCUUUGGUGUUCAGCGAUAAAUGAUUGUGAGGUUACGGUUGUGUGUGGAAUCGAAUAAGUCAGCAUCGAACAGUACCAUCGUGGUGUCGCUGGGAAACCUCAUCGACUCUGAUACAGGGUCGCCAGUAGCAGCUAUGACGAGAGCCACAUCCAAUCCCAGUCGGAAAGAGCAACCUGGGAACAACGAUGAUGAGCAUGUCGUUUUCGCUGUCACAACACUGAAAAGAGAAAACACGGUGAUGACGGAAUGCGACUCGAGACCGGUCUACAUGAACCUGGCAGCCAGUGUUCCAUUCUUAGCGCCGCAGAUCCGUAAUUUCAGACCUUUCGGUUUCUGCUGUACUAUCAUGUGA